AUGGCUGAAGUAACACCUCAGCUGUUGGAGACCAUCGACUGUUCCGUCUGUCUGGACGUCCUGAAGGACCCGGUGACGAUUCCCUGUGGACACAGCUACUGCAUGAGCUGCAUUAAAUCCAACUGGCAAUGCUGCCCUCAGUGUAGUCAGAUCUUUCACCCGCCGCCUGACCUGGUGAAGAACACCACGUUAGCAAAUCUAGUGGAGCAACUGAAUGCAGUCCAACCUGCUCCUGCUGAUCCCUGCUAUGCUGGACCUGAAGAUGUGGAUGAACAUAAAGACCACGACACGGUCUCAGCUGCAGCAGAAAGGUCUGAGAGGCAGAGAAAGCUGGAGGUGAGUCGACUCAACAUCCAGCAGAGAAUCCAGGACAGAGAGGAAGGUGUGAAGCUGCUUCAACAGGAGAGGGGGGAAAACUAUAAAGCAUUGAAGGACAGUGAGAAGAUCUUCACCCAGCUGACCUAUUUCAUAGAGGCAACAACCUUUAAUGCAAAGAUGCAAGUCAGAUCGCAGCUGGGAGCUGAAAUGAGUCGAGUCAAAGAUCUUCAGGAGAAGCUGCAGCGGGAGAUCUCUGAGCUGAAGAGGAGCGACGCUGAGCUGCAGGAGCUCUCACACAUAGAAGAUCUUAACCAGUUCCUCCAGAACUGCCCCUCAGGGCCCCCCCUCAGUGAGUCUACUGACUCAUUCAGCAUCAACAUCGGUCCUCUGAACUGGUUUGAGGACGUGACAUGGGCUGUGUCAGAAAUCAGAGACAAACUAGAGGACGCCAUGAGAGAGAAAUGGACAAAAUUCAUGACUGUGGCUGAAGUGAAGGUUUUACUCUCACAAUCAGAGCCAAACACCAGAGCUGGCUUCUUGAAACAUUCACUUAAAAUCCCACUGGAUCCAAACACGGCACACACAGAGCUGUCAUUAUCUGAUGGGAACAAAAAAGCAGCAUUAGGGAAACCAAAACAGCCUUAUCGUUGUCACCCAGAUAGAUUCUGUGAAUGUGAGCAGGUCCUUUGCAGAAAGAGUCUGACUGGUCGUUGUUACUGGGAGGUGGAGAGGAGAGGAGGAUGAGUCAUAGUCAUAGCAGUCCCAUGCAAGAACAUCAGCAGAAAAGGGUAAUGGAGCGGAUCUGGGUUUGGAUACAGUAACAACUAUUGGGCCUUCACAUGCCACAUCA